AGUUGGACAACAUGAAUGAAAUCAACUCAUCUCCCCAAAGAGAAAAAUGGUGUGGGCAUGAAUUCCUUUUCAAAUUUCGAGGCUUCUGGUUUACACAAAUAUACCUUGAAGCCACGAAGAGAGUUGUUGAAACCUUCAAACCACUCCCCGGAGAUGUAAUUCUAGCUUCUUUCCCCAAGACAGGCACCACAUGGCUCAAAGCUCUCCUCCACUCCAUCAUUCAUCCCUCUCCAUGCCAUGCAAACCACCCUUUAACCCUUAACCAUCCACACCAGCUAAUCCCAUCUCUGGAAACAGAUCUUUACAUUGAGAAAUGGAGAGAGGUGGGUGGUAUUGGUAGCACCCGAACCCCACAAUUUCCUGUUGUUAAAGAUCCCGAAAAAGCAAGAAUCUUGUCCACACACCUACCGUACCAGAUUCUUGGAGAUAUCCUGGAUUCCUCUGACUGUAAGAUUGUGUAUGUGACGAGAAAUCCCAAGGACACCCUCGUUUCACUGUGGCAUUUCAUGCAGAAAUCCAGCGUUGUUGAGAAGGAUGAAUGGGAGAUGGAGGUUGCGGUUGAUCAGUUCUGCCGAGGGGUUGUCCCAUUCGGGCCCUACUAUGAUCAUGUCUUGGCUUACAGACAAGAAAGAUUUAACAGGCCUGAGAAGGUGUAUUUUCUUACUUAUGAGGAGCUGAAGGAAAACCCUAAGUUUCAUGUCAGAAAGUUGGGUGAAUUCUUGGGGUGCCCAUUUGAUCAAAGUGAGAAUGGAGAAGAGAAGAUUGAUGAAAUUGUGAAAAUGUGCAGCUUUGAGACUCUGAGCAGUCAACAGGUGAACAAAUCCAAUGAGCUGCCAAAUGUUUUUCCAUUGCCUUACAGUGCUUUCUUCCGGAAAGGUGAAGUUGGAGACCACAAGAACUACCUUGAACACAAGAUGAUUACAAAAAUAGAUGGUGUUACUAGGGAAAAGUUUCAUGCCUGUGGUUAUAUGUAUGGGAUUUAGGUCAUAUGGGACCAUCCAAAUUGGAUUGAAUUUUCUAUUAUAAUUAUGUUGUA